UCCGCGCACGCCGAGUCAACGGAAGCAACCACGUUGGCUUUGUUCUGUGGCUGCGAGCGUGUGGCGGACAAAAACCGAAGGCUUGAUUGGUGUCUUUGAACGCUGAAAAGCUUGAGGCAUGGGCUUCAAGGUGUUAGAGGUUCUCCGACCGUUCAUUUCCCUUCUUCCCGAAGUGUCGAAACCGGAGAGGAAGAUCCAAUUCCGGGAGAAGCUGUUAUGGACUGCCAUUACUCUGUUCAUCUUCCUGGUUUGUUGCCAGAUACCACUGUUUGGGAUCAUGUCUUCCGACAGUGCUGACCCGUUUUACUGGCUGCGAGUCAUCAUGGCCUCCAACCGAGGAACCCUCAUGGAGCUGGGCAUCUCUCCCAUUGUUACCUCCUCGCUCAUCAUGCAGCUGCUAGCCGGAGCCAAGAUCCUAGAGGUUGGGGACACUCCAAAGGACAGAGCACUCUUCAAUGGAGCUCAGAAGUUGUUUGGUAUGGUGAUCACCGUUGGCCAGUCAAUAGUCUAUGUCAUGACGGGAAUGUAUGGAGCUCCCUCUGAACUGGGGGCUGGCGUCUGUCUCCUCAUCAUCCUCCAGCUACUGUGUGCUGGUCUAGUUGUUCUGCUGUUGGAUGAGCUACUCCAGAAAGGGUAUGGUCUUGGCUCCGGCAUUUCUCUCUUCAUUGCCACCAACAUCUGUGAGACUAUUGUGUGGAAGUCAUUCAGCCCUGCCACUAUCAAUACUGGUAGGUCUUCUCUCUGGCUCUCACCAGUUGAGAAAUGCUGUGGCUGCCAACAGGUCGAGGAACAGAGUUUGAGGGGGCAGUCAUUGCCCUCUUCCAUUUGCUGGCCACUCGAUCCGAUAAGAUCCGCGCUCUUCGUGAAGCCUUUUACCGUCAUAACCUGCCGAACCUCCUCAACCUUUCAGCCACUGUCCUGGUGUUUGCUGUUGUCAUAUACUUCCAGGGUUUUCGAGUGGACCUCCCCAUCAAGAGUGCCCGGUAUCGUGGCCAGUACAGCUCCUAUCCCAUCAAGCUGUUCUACACGUCUAAUAUUCCCAUCAUCCUACAGAGUGCUCUGGUCUCAAACCUCUACUUCAUCUCACAGAUGCUCUACUCCCGUUUUGGAGGCAAUCUGCUGGUGGACUUGCUCGGGGUGUGGACCACAGCCGGAGGAGGAGGUCCUGCCCGGUCCUUUCCUUCGGGCGGUCUCUGCUACUACCUGAGUCCUCCCGAGAGUCUGGGCAGUGUCAUUGACGACCCUAUCCAUGCCAUCAUGUACAUCUCCUUCAUGCUCGGCUCCUGUGCCUUCUUUUCUAAGACUUGGAUUGAUGUGUCUGGAAGCUCAGCUAAGGAUGUUGCCAAGCAGCUGAAGGACCAGCAAAUGGUGAUGCGUGGUCAUCGGGAGCAGUCCAUGGUGCAUGAGCUCAAUCGAUACAUUCCGACAGCUGCUGCUUUUGGUGGUCUGUGUAUCGGGGCUCUGUCAGUGCUGGCUGAUUUCAUGGGAGCUAUUGGAUCUGGGACCGGCAUCUUGCUAGCUGUAACGAUCAUCUACCAGUAUUUUGAGGUGUUUAUGAAGGAACAGCAGGAACUGGGAGGACUUUUCUGACAUUGCUAGCGUAUCUUCUUUGAUGAUUGGAAUCAUUGUUUCUGUGGAUGAAUCAUUGUUUCAACUAGCGCAUGCACUCAAUAAUACCUAUAUAUGGGGUGGAGCUGAUAAUAGAAAUAAUCGAAGAGUUGAUAGGGUUGGGGGUGUCAGUGUGCUCAAAUCUGUUCAUUAACCAUGCUUCAUUUAUCCCCUCCCUAUCUUGUCUCCCUUAUUUUAUACCAUCCCUAUAUGCCUCUUUUUCAAAUUCGCAGGAUAUUUAACACUUUGCGCGCCGCAUAGUAUUAGGGAAUGCAAAUUACACAAUGAUAGUGAGCAAAAAAGGACAAAAAACAAGCAAAAAAAACAAAAAAA